GCCCGCGGCCGGAUCUGGCCUCUCCGGAGGCCCCGCGCCGAGGCGGGGCCCGUACCUGCUGGAUCUCCAGCUCCGUGUCCGGCUGCUGGCGGCCCAGCAGCUUCAUGGGGAAGCUGGUCUGCGGCAGCAGCACCGUGUCCCGGUAUCUGCCACUAUUCGAGUUCGGCUGGUGGUUACUGGCUCCGGAGACCGACCGCACCAGAAGCCUCUUCGUCGCCCCUUGCCAUCCCGGGCUGCAGGGAAGGCGGGGCGUCCCCCACAAACUUCGGGCAGUGGCCAGGGCGGCCGCCCCUGGCCCGCGAGGACGCAGCCCCCAACGCAUGGCCGCGCAACCCCUGAGCACGGGGUCCUCCGCUGGCGCCCCAGCUUGAAGGGGCAGGACCCCAGGAAACCAAGGAGAGCCGAGUGACUUGCACCUAGGGAGAGCUUGGAGAAAACACGGACAAGUGGAAUUUUCCCGCGGAUCAGGGUCUAAAGAGGCAGUGUGAAAUCGCUGUUGUGCGCUUGCGCGGAGUUUCCCGCAUGCUCAGUAGCUGAGGUAGGGAUGCCAUCCAUCUCGAAAGACUUACUGACAGUGCGAAAUCUCGGUAUUGGAUGCAGCGAGGGACCUGGGUCUACGAUAGCGCGCUUUUGCUGUCCUGAAGUGUUUUUGGUCCAACGUUGUUCCAGAGUGUACCAUGGCUUCCAGUAACACUGUGUUGAUGCGGUUGGUAGCCUCAGCAUAUUCUAUUGCUCAAAAGGCAGGAAUGAUAGUCAGACGUGUUAUUGCUGAAGGAGACCUGGGUAUCGUGGAGAAGACCUGUGCAACAGACCUGCAGACCAAAGCUGACCGAUUGGCACAGAUGAGCAUAUGUUCUUCAUUGGCCCGGAAAUUCCCCAAACUCACAAUUAUAGGGGAAGAGGAUCUGCCUUCUGAGGAAGUGGAUCAAGAGCUGAUUGAAGACAGUCAGUGGGAAGAAAUACUGAAGCAACCAUGCCCAUCGCAGUACAGUGCUAUUAAAGAAGAAGAUCUCGUGGUCUGGGUUGAUCCUCUGGAUGGAACCAAGGAAUAUACCGAAGGUCUUCUUGACAAUGUAACAGUUCUUAUUGGAAUUGCUUAUGAAGGAAAAGCCAUAGCAGGAGUUAUUAACCAGCCAUAUUACAACUAUGAGGCAGGACCAGAUGCUGUGUUGGGGAGGACAAUCUGGGGAGUUUUAGGUUUAGGCGCCUUUGGGUUUCAGCUGAAAGAAGUCCCUGCUGGGAAACACAUUAUCACAACUACUCGAUCCCAUAGCAACAAGUUGGUUACUGACUGUGUUGCUGCUAUGAACCCCGAUGCUGUGCUGCGAGUAGGAGGAGCAGGAAAUAAGAUUAUUCAGCUGAUUGAAGGCAAAGCCUCUGCUUAUGUAUUUGCAAGUCCUGGUUGUAAGAAGUGGGAUACUUGUGCUCCAGAAGUUAUUUUACAUGCCGUGGGAGGCAAGUUAACCGAUAUCCACGGGAAUGUUCUUCAGUACCACAAGGAUGUGAAGCAUAUGAACUCUGCAGGAGUCCUGGCCACACUGAGGAAUUAUGACUACUAUGCAAGCCGAGUUCCAGAAUCUAUUAAAAAUGCACUUGUUCCUUAAAGGAAAGUUUCAUUUGGCCGGGCGCGGUGGCUCACGCCUGUAAUCCCAGCACUUUGGGAGGCCAAGGCAGGUGGAUCACUUGAGCUCAGGAGUUUGAGACCAGCCUGGGCAAUAUCGUGAGACCCCAUCUCUACAAAAAUACAAAUUAACUGGGCAUCCUGUCAUGUGCCUGUCAUCUCAGCUAUUUGAGAGGCUGAAGCAGAAGAAUCUCUUGAGCCUGGGAGGCGGAGGUUGCAGUGAGCUGAGAUCGUGCCACUGCACUCCAGCCUGAGUGACAGGAGGUAAGCCCUGUCUCAGACCAAAAAAAAAAAAAAACACCCCAAAAAUACUGAAAGUUUCAUUUACUUAGCUAGGAGAAAGACUUCGUUCUCAAAAUAAUACAUUCUAAAACUAAUUGGGUAGAAUUAGAGUUCCACCUUUAUUCAUUGUUGAGCAGUGAUUUAUAUUUAGUUGUUAUAUUUAGGAAUAGAAAAUAGAAUUAAAUAAUUUAACUUGAUUAAUCAACCCGACCAAUUUUGAUGUCUGGAGAACUUAUAAACUCAAUAUGUUAUAUUUGUUUUCCUGUAUUUAGGUGGAGAAAUGAGAAAAAGCUUUAGUUCCAAUUGACAAUUUAGGUCAAUGUUCAAUCAACAUUCCUAUCUUUUAAACCAGAUUUCUCUUUUUUUUUCCUGAGACGGAGUCUUGCUCUGUAGCCUAGGCUAGAAUGUAGUGGCGUGAUCUCAGCUCACUGCAAGCUCUGCCUCCCGGGUUCAUGCCAUUCUCCUGCCUCAGCCUCCCAAGUAGCUGGGACUGCAGGCACCCGCCACCACGCCUGGCUAAUUUUUUGUAUUUUUAGUAGAGAUGGGGUUUUACUGUGUUAGCCAGGAUGGUCUCGAUCUCCUGACAUCGUAAUUGUCUGCCUCGGCCUCCCGAAGUGCUGGGAUUACAGGUGUGAGCCACCGCACCUGGCCUAAACCAGAUUUCUUUAGGGCACAAUUGUUUCUGGAAUCUCACUCUUGUUUUUCACAGUAAUUUUAAAAAUGUUUCUACUCCAAUUAAGAAUACAUAUGAUGUUAUUAUAUAUGCUGAUGUAACAGAUUUAUGAGAAAAGUUUUCUUUUAAGUAAAUUAUUUAAUCCUAGCUCUUUGUUAUUCACCAGCUUUUUAAAAAAGCGUUUGAAAAUUAUACAUUCUCGACUUUGGGGAUUAGCUUAUUCUUGUGGCAUCAUUAUAAGGCUUAAUUGUAGAAAGCUAAGUACUUGCUUCUAUUCCUUCCAAUGAGAGAUUAUAACAUAAACUAUCAAAAUUAUUCUGCUAAUAUACGUAGAUUUUUAUUUUUAGGUCUCUGUCCAUUGCUUUUAAUUAAAAUUAUCUGUUUUCAAAUCAAACACAUGGUUUAAAUUAACAGUUCCCAAACUCCAAUGCAUAUCAGAAUCACCUAGGAAGAUUUUUUAAAAACGCAGAUUCACAGGUCAGGCGCAGUGGCUCAUGCCUGUAAUCACAGCACUUUGGGAGGCCGAGGUGGGUGGAUCGCCUGAGGUCAAGAGUUCGAGACCAGCCUGGCCAACAUGGCGAAACCCUGUCUCCACUAAAAAUACAAAAAUUAGCCGGGCAUGGUGGUACGUGCCUGUAAUCCCAGCUACUAGGGGGUUGUGGCAGGAGGAUCACUUGAACCCGGGAGACGGAGGUUACAGUGAGCUGAGAUCGUGCCACUGCACUCCAGCCUGGGCAACAAAGCGAGACUCUGUCUCAAAAACUAAAAAUAAAAAUUCACACAGUUUAUCCCGACAA